AUGAUUAUCGAUAACCACGGCACUGAUCUUUUGAAUGUUAUAGAUGAUGGAAAUAGUUUUUUUGAUGAUUCAAAAAUGGAUGUGACAUCGAAAGGAGGAGGAGGUGGCACUCAAACAAAUCUUGUCGAUAUUGAUCCGUCAUUACAAGCUGUUGUUGCUUCAUUAACGGAAUCGGAAAUGGCUGGAUUUAUUGAGGAAUUAAACAAAACAGGAAAAGCAUAUCUUCCAAAUCUUGGCCAAACAAUUGAAUUGUUAACAGUUGAUAAUCCGACUAAUAUCGUUCCAAUAUCAGUACCAGUACCUCCCACUCAAACGAAUGUAAUACCUUCUGGUGUAACAAAUUCAAAGAUAACCGUCGGACAACAAUCAGCUGAAUCCCUGUUGGAUGAUUUAACAUCGUUAAUUCAAUCAUCGCCAACAGGAAAUUUAGAAUCAUUAUUGACGAACUCAACAUCGAUUCAAAAUCCGAAUAAUGCAACAAAUUCACGUAUUCAAUUAACAAAUGUUCGUUCACAACCGACAACUUAUAUGCCACAGCAACAACAACAACAACAACAACAACAACGAUAUACAACAACAACGUUUUAUAACACGAGUAUGGGUACUACACAAACGGGACGACAACCAGUAGUCGCUUCGACUUAUGGCGGAACACCUGUUGUUAACAAUAAUCGACCGGGUACAGCAUUAAAAUCAACGAUUGCAGGAAGUGGUAUGCGUAAAGCUCAACAGCAACAAGAUGAAAAUCGACAAACGUCUACUGGUGCUGCUGGUGAACGAUUAUUUUUUGGACGCGCAGGUGGUCAACCAUCAUCCAUUGGAACACAGUCCUAUCAAAAUAGAACAGGUUUAGUUACACAAGGAUCAUCAAUACCACCUAUUCGACGAUCAACAAUGGCUACGGAACAACGUCGCCCAGUCUCAUGGUUUCCUUCUCGUAUUCGUCGUCAUUCAGAUGAUGAUAAUGAUGAUGAUUCACCGAAUGAAUCGUAUGGUCCUACUCGUCGUUCCGCACGUAUUCCAAAACCAAAACAAGAUGCUGAUUUUGUGACAUUUCCAUUGCUUGAUCGUGAAGAGCAAGAACGUGAACAAAGUUUAAAUUCUAUUAAUUCUCAAAUGAGGGGAGUUAUGGUCGGUGAAAAUGAUGUUAUCGAUGAUGACACUACUUACCGUACUUCAACAACUCUCAGUGAAAAUAAUAAUCGAGCAAACACCACGCGUCGUCCAAGAACGGUGGCUGAAUUACGUAGUAGUACGUCAGCAGCGGCUAAUAAACAGCGUGAUCCAAUCGAUAAACAACGUUGGCUUGAUGACGAACUAUUUCAUAUCAAAUCGUAUGUGCCGUUAAUAAUGCCACAACAGAUAACAUCACCACAAACAAUGAAAAACAAGGCGACUAUGUGUAAACCAAUUGUCAGUGAAAAAGAAGUACAAUGUAAAUCAUUGAAAAAUUCAAUGGGAACACAAACUGAAUCUCAGUAUUUAAUUGCUGAUAUACCACUUGUGAUCUUGCCCGUUCCGAUCUACAUGCCGUCGCCUAUACCCACGUAUCGUUUAUUCAAACCAACUGCUAUUCCAAUUCCUGUUCCGGUACCUGUGCCAGUUCUUAUACCAAUAACAGAAAAGGCAUUUAAAAAUAUUCACGAUUAUAUUCAGUCACAGCGUGAUUUGUUACCUGAUGAUCCGUAUGAGGCGGCUCUUAUAUUACAUGCUGAAAGUUUAGUACGUGCUGAAAGUCAAACAACGACAACAAUAACAAGUCAAAAUGAAAAUCAUAACAUGUCGACAACUAAUGAUGAUAUAAUGGACAUAAAUAAUGGACAUCAUCGAUCUGAUUCAUUUAUCAGUUCAAACAUUCCAGUUGUAGAAAAAUUGCCUGAACUUGAUUUGGAAGCCCAUUAUAUCGAUCCGCAAACAUCAUCUAAUCCAGAAGUACAAAAACUGCUUCAUAUGUUACCUGAUGCUGGUUAUCGACUAAAAUGGACAUAUGGUAUUGAAGCAUUUUCUCAAUGGUGUAUGCAAAAGAACAAUUCGGUUCUUUAUCGGACUGGAGAAGAAACUGACAAAUAUAGUCAAUUUUAUAAACAAGAUAUUCUCAGUUAUCAUGGCGAUGAACUCAACAAAGCAUUGGAACUCUUCGUACAAGAAGUUCGUAGACCAAAUGGUGAAGAAUACCUGCCUGAGAGUAUUUACUAUCUUUGUCUAGGUAUUCAAUUUUUUUUAAAUAUGAAUGGUCGACAAACAGAUAUUUUUGAUCCACGAUAUAGUGAAUUUAAUUCGGCAUUAGAUAUACAUGAUAUUAGCCUUUUAUUUCCGUUAUUAGCAAAUACAAUGGUCUCAAUAAUUGAUGAAGAUAUUUUAUACGAUUGUCAACAAUUAGGUACAAUGAAACCAUGGCCAUUGUUAAUAACAUUAUUAUUACAAAAUAGUAAACAUUUCAAUUUAAAAACUGUUGAAUCUCAUAUUGCAAUAUCGUUUGCUAAUUUUGGAAAAUAUGCACAAUGGAUUCGAACACCGAAUAAUCAAAGUCAACAUAUGAAUUAUUUAAGAUUUUAUGCACAUAAUGCCGGUAAUUUAAAAGCACUGAUUAAUGCGCCGAUUGUUUAUGAAAUAACCGAGUACGCUGAUGAUCCAGGACGUUGUCCUAUAAAAGUUUAUGAUUAUUAUGUAUCAAAAUGUCCGGAAACCAUUCGACAGAGUGCUGAUCUUUUUUAUCUUCGUCCAAUUAGUGGUCAACAACUAUCUGAUAGUUCAUUAUGGUUUACAAAUGAACCAUUAUCACCCUCAAUAAUUGGUCAAAUUUUAAAUCGUCUUCGAUUAAUAUCCGACUUUUAUUUACAAACAACACCAGUUGAUAUAGCAAAUAAUAAUACAAAUUAA